AUGGCCAGCCUCACUCCUGGCAGCAAGGCUAGGGGCUUCAUGUCACUCCCCGCCGAAGUCCGACUGAACAUCUACGAUCUGUUGAUGUCGAGUACGAUGCUGAUCAACCUCUGCCAGCCGCCUCUGCUAGAGCCGGACCAUCUCCUCUCCCGAAAGAGCUCGCCUGUCUCAGAAAUGUCUCUGCAAAUAUUGGCCCUCGAGACCAUCACCCGCAGCCAUGGUCUCCACCUGCUCGUUGUCGGUGACCCCGUCAAGGGCGAGGUAGAAUCACUGCUGCGCCAGCGUGUGGUCCGCUACCACUGUCCGGACUGCCUGACUCGAUGGCUGCGGAACAUCUCCUAUGGCUUGAGCGUGCGGUUCGACUGGGUGGAAAAGCUCGAGAUCAUGUACAAGACCUGUCGCGACGAAAUGAGCGGGUUCAGCAUGGUCGAGGACUUCUACUUAUCCAGACUGGCUGCCCGCGACAUGAUGGAGCGAUACCAGGCGAUCGUCUCCACUUACAGUGGCCGCAUGGAUCUUGUACAUCCUCCCAGGACAUGGCACUUUGAACUAUUCAUCGAGAUUCCAGAGGAGCUUCUGGCGAGCAUAGGGCCACUGCAGCCAGGAAUAUCGACGCAUGGCACGCGGGUCCUGCCAGAAAGCGUGGCUUUUUUGCCCUCGCUGGACUUUGGUGGGACCUUCAAAUGGAUUAUAUGUGGGACGGCGCACCGUGAGAGUUGA